UAGAGGGGCGGGAGGAGAGGCCGCUCCGCUUGAAUUGUGGCGCCGGAAGUGAUUUUAGUUCCAUUUAUUUUGUGUAUUUUUUGUUAUAAUCCUGGAAGCUGUUAAAGUGCAAGUGGCCGUGUCCGAGGAGCGGGAGCACGUUCAUGGGGGCGGCUUUCUCGGCGCUUGAGGGCAGCGCGGGCCCAGCGGCUCUGGACUCUGGACCAAUGUUCGUAAGGAUGAAAUAGAUGGAAAUAAGGACGGAUUUGGUCGAUUUCAGUUCACAACAAUGGCUUCAUGAUCCCUGGUAACCACAUGAUUUCCAUGGUAAGCCCGGUGAUACACUUAAACUGAGAUGACAGCAACUGCACUGCGGAUAGGGGACCAAUUAAUCCUAGAAGAGGAUUAUGAUGAGAAUUACAUUCCAAAUGAACAAGAAAUCCAAGAAUAUGCUCGUGAGAUAGGAAUUGAUCCUGAAAAUGAGCCAGAGCUUAUGUGGUUAGCAAGAGAAGGUAUUGUGGCGCCUUUGCCCCAGGAAUGGAAACCCUGCCAAGAUGUCACUGGAGAUGUCUAUUACUUUAACUUUGUAUCGGGCCAGUCAACUUGGGAUCAUCCAUGUGAUGAACAGUACCGAAAUCUGGUUUCUUUGGAGCGUGAGAAAUUGCAUGCUCUGAGUGGAAGCAAAAAGAAAGAAAAGAAAAAGAAGAAGGAAAAAAAAGAAAAGAAAGAAAAAGAGCAACUUAAAUCUGCCACAAUACUGGGUUUACAACCAAGUCUUGUCCAGGCACCUCAAGGAGGCCUUGCUCCCCUACGUGGCCUUGGAGAGUUCCCAGCAAGUACACUCUAUGGUUCACUAAGCAAUAUAUCUGGAACUACCGGGGGACGGAUGAAGAGUACACUAGCAAGCUCUGCCACUUUCAGAAUCCCUAAAACAGGUGGCCUUACAACAAGUCUUCUGGGAGUAAAGCCUGAAGAGAAGAUCUCCAUGAACCUGGCAGACUUUAGCGAAGAUGAUGAUGACCUGAGUGGAGAGAAGAGUGCCCCUGAUACCGCUCAGCUCAUGAAAAACCUGCAUAUAGAUGUGGGGACCCUAGGCGAUGGUUUUGAAUAUGAGGAAAGUGCAGAAAUCGAUGAGGAUGCAGAUCAUGAUCAUGUUGAUGAAGGGACUGAACCUGAGCUUCAAAACCUCCCAGGGUCUGAUGAAGAAGCAGGAAGUCAGAAAGAGGUAUCGUUUGAGCAAAGCCAGGAAAGGAGUCUACCUGGAAGUGUGCUUGACUCAGAAAGUCGUGAUGUGCAGCCCCCAACCCCAAACAAGUUAAUCCCUGAUAAAGAAGCUGAUGAUGACAUUGACACUGUUGAUGAGAAAUUAAGCAUCCAAGAUAAAAGUGGGAGUGACACAGAAAAUGAUGUCAUUCUAAUGCAAGCUGAAGAACCAGGUGUCCAGGAACGUGCAAUGGCAAUUGACAGAGAAGAAAACAAUGAAGUUGGAGCUGGAGAUAGUAGAUGUGAUUCUGUGGGUAACUCAUCAAAACUGCUUCCAGUUGAUGAUGAAGACAUAAAGUCUGAACAUAAGACUGGAGGUGACCCCAAAUUGAGCUGUGUCGCCAAAGAUGGGGAAAUUAAGGCAGACAAUGAACGAAAAGAUGGAGACAAAAAAGACUCCAUGAUGCCUAACAGUAAUCAUCAUGAACCUCACAAGGAAUCUGAGCCCAGUCAACAACUUAAGGACAUGCAAGCAUCUGAGGACUUUGAUGAAAGUGACACAAAUUUUGAUCUAGGGAUCCAGAUUCAGGCAGUAGAAAGAAUCUUAGACGUGGAAACAUUGUCACCUGCCUUAGACUUACAACUAACACCCGAGCGGGAAGAUGGAGAUGGAAAGAAGCAAAAUGUUGAAGAUUUUGAAAGAAGGAAAAGAUCUGAAGUUGCUGAAAGAUGUAUUCAGGAUAGACGGAAGGAAGAGGACGAACAGAAGGAUAAGGAACCACUGCAGACACAGAGAUUCGUGGAGGUGCUCCGAGGCAAAUUGAGUGAGGAGCUAGCAAAAGAAGAAAGACAGAUUCUCCAUGAGAGAAAGGAGCUGCUUUGUAAACUUCGAGAUAAACUCAGGCAGGAGGAGGAAGAGGAAACACAGCAAAUUUAUCGAGACAAAGAAAACAAAAUCAGGUUACUGAAAGAGCAGCUCAGGAUUGAACAAGAGGAAAAGGAGGCACGACUGAAACAAGAGCAGAGCGACUCACUGCUCAAACUGCAAACCCAGAUUAAAAAUGAAGUUGAAGCAACAGAAAAGGAAAUUAGGGCAGAGAAUGAGGCUACACUGCAGCAACUUAGAGAUGAACUAAGAUCACAGCAGGCUACUGAGCAGCAAAAUUUGGAGGCCAAAAAAUGCGCUGUUCUGGAGCAGAUGAAGAAGGAGACAGAUGAAAUUGUGAAUAAAGAGAAGAUUGUUCUGGAAGAGAAGAAAGAGAAAGCUGUUAAUGAGCUGAGGGUACAGUUAGAAAAAGAAAUGAAGGAGGAACUGGAGGAGCUAAAGAACAAACACAGUAGUGACCUUCAAGGACUGAAAACAACAACUGAGGAAAAACAUCAAGAACUACUUUCUAAUCUUCGGAAACAAACGGCUGAUGCCCACAAUAAUGAGGAAGCCCAGCUACAGCGAGACAUUCAGAAAGCACAGAAGAAAGUGCAACAAAUUGCAGACUUUGAGCGAGAGUUGAGUGAUUUACUACAAGACAAACAAGCGGAAGUCGAGAAAGAUCAUGAGUGGAAAAUAGAACAAAUUAAACAAGAACAUGAACAAACUAUGGAGAGAAUUAGGGAGGAGUAUGAAGAAAAGGAGAGGCAGCAGAGAGCUCGACUCCUGAAGCAAUUACAGGAAGAACAUGAACGAUUAACUCAGCUCCAUGAGCGUGAACUAUUGGAGCUUCGUCAGGAGUUGGAACAGCGUCUUGAUGAGUUAAGAAAAUUUAACAGAGAGAAAGAAUUGAAAGUUCAGGAGGCUGAGGAACAGCUGGAGUUGAGAAUCAAAGAUCUAAAAGCAAAGUCCAGUCUGCUGCAGAACCAGGAAAUGUCAUUGAAACUGAAAAGGCAACAACUUCAUGCUGAAGAGGAGCAGUUGGAAAAGGAUCAAACUGAAAUCCUUUCACGACCAAGCAAACAAGAAGUGGAACAGUCAAAACGUGAACAUUCCACAUUGCAGGAUUCAAUCCGGAAGGCCCGCCAGAACUUGAAUAAGCUACAGGACCAACAGGUGGAGCUUCAACUGGAGGUUGACACACUCCGGAAAGAAAGCCAGCAACUCCAGAAUAAACUUAGUGAGUUAGAGGUGACAAUCAAAAAGAAACAAGAGAUGCUGAAGGAAGUGCCUGUAAUCAACGAAACCUCUGGUGAGGCAGAAGAGGGUGAACUUCAUAUUGAGGAUUUAAACCUGCACGUUAACCCGGACCCCUAUCGCGGCAGGUCCCCAAUUCCCAGAACUGAAGAUGAGGAAGUCAGCAUGGAUAAUGUAAGGUACUAUAUCUCUGCUGAAGGACUAUCCAUCAAUAAAGCCAAAGAGUUCCUAAUGAGACAGACCCGCUCACUUCGGAAACGGCAGACAGCACUUAAGUCAGCUAAGCAGCAGUGGAGGCACAACAUCAGAAAAGCACAGGAAGAUGUGCAAGAUCCAGACAGCAGUCAAAUCCUGCAGGAUGUCUACAAAAACCUGGAACAGGAAGCCCAGCAUCUGGAUGAGAUGAAAUUAACAAUGAGGCAGGGCCAGCUGUUACUGCAAAAAAAGGAAGAAAAACUUAAUCAGCUGGAAUCAUCUCUUGCUGAAGGGAUUUCAGAUGAAGAUGCACCAAAAGACAUAGGAGACAAAAAAGCUGUGACCUUUGACCUUACAGACUCCGAUGACAUUAGCAGCAUUGCCAGCAUCAACUCACCUCAGCAGAAAACAGAUUUAAAGACCGAGUUGUCCCUUGCUCAACGUGCCAACAUACAGUAUCUCAGUGAUUCCGUUCAAAAAAUUACCAAUGAUCUUAACAGUGUUCUCUGUGUUCUUGGAUCACUGGGGAUACAACAGUCACCGCUUUUUUCCACUGCACAGACUCUCAGUGUCCCACCUCCCAGCAACAGUGUGCCUUUGUCUGUGUAUACUUCCUUGUCAAGGACCCAGAACAGUGGGUCUUUGCUUUCCUCCAACACUGUUCCCUUGCCUUCGCAAUGGAUUUGGAACAGAGGAACAAAUGCCACCACCCAUCUUCCCACAUCUCAAUCUGUAGAUGAUGCACUAAGUGAGAAGUGGCACAAGUACUUCCCAGGAGGAAUGCCAGCAUUAAGAAGUUCUGCACCCCUUGAGAGCCGUUUUGGUUAUGUUUCUGCAAGUGACCAAGUAAAAAUGUUACACCAAUCACAUUCCAAGAUUACACAAGGGGACAGAAACUCUAUUCAAGGGAUGAUUGAUGCCAAUAAAAAAUGGCUGGAAAGCUUCAAAAAGGACCCAAAAGUCCCUCUAUUCACAAAGACCAGCAGAACUCCAUCCGCUCAAGGUUUAAUCCAGCUUGGAUUGGAUGAAAACAAUCAAAUCAAAGUCUACCACUUUUGAGAAGCUGAGGUCCUUUAACCGUAGUUUCCCUGUUAGAUGCAUGCAAUACAGUAAUAUUCAAUCUGAUGUAUAAACAGGGUCCUUCUUGAAAAGCACCUAUUAAUAAACUAAAAUAGUAAAUAUUUUGAAUCAGUUGUUGUUAAAUAAAGCAUUUUCUACCCAGUAUUUUUCUAAAUAACCCAACUGAGUAUUUAGCAUGUAUGUAUAAAGUAUGAGAAAUUGUGGUGGUGGGUUAUCAUGAUUUCUGCCAGACGUAUAAUUGAAGUGUGCAUAAAAUGCUUUAUUUAUUUUAAAA